AACUUAGCCAACUUGGCAGGGGACUGACUGAAUCGUUUAUCUGCUGAUUUCCUCCACCUGCUGCUGCUGUGCGUGGAGGAUGCAUGGGGAGAAGUUCAACCGAGUGAGUUGCGAAACGUGCUUCCUUCGCGCGGGAUACAAUUGUGCCUUAUUUUCGUUCUUCUUCGACACCUCCACUUUGCCCCUUCAACCUGAUUCCAAGCGAAUAGUGGCUUUUGCGGUGCAACGCCUGCGGUAGAUGAGGGGAUGAAGCAGCAUCGUGCUGAUUCUGUCAGUCAUCAUUCUUGUUGUGUUGUGCACACCCUAGCAGUGAAAUGAGCGGAAAGAAUGAGGAAUCCGAGUCUCCGAUGGGUUGCACGUCCGCGCCAAACGAUCCAAGACUCCAAGUGAAUACCUAGGUCUGAUCUCCGAUGCUCUUUGUUAUUCUCUGGUACUGUCCGCCAUCGCCCAAAUCUCAGAUGCUGGGAUACCCCAAAGAGCCUCGAAAUGAGCCCAAGACGGCAGUGCGUAAGGCUUCGGUAGAGCAUCGACCACCUGUAGUCAUCCUCGGCACUCGUCUCUUUGGGUACCAAUGCUUCAUUUAUCAAUUCAUCAAUGUUCCCUUUCAUCGUGUUGAUCGUCACCGCGCAAAUCCCGAUGACAUACAAGCCGGUUGUAACGAUCGUUGGCAAGCUUCACUGAGGCCCGCGCAUAAAGUUCAUCUCUCCGAUCUGGAGUCCCGCGGGUGCAUCUUCUUGGCCGAUGUCACGUUCAACGGCGUCCAGAGGAGGCUCACGGACUCUACGGCUCAGUCUCUGUUGCUACCUGUCGGCGAUAACGUUUGCAGGCAAGCUGUUCCGCGGACUGUGGACAGCUUCUGGGAGAUACGGCGGCUUCGUUCUCGAAUGUUUUCGCGCUUGUGAGAACUCAAGGAAACACGAAGGUAACCCAACUUUCAAUGAC